UACUAAAAUGUGAUACUUGUGGGCUUUAAAAUAUUGAGUGCAAAACAAAAACGUAACUCCACGUCACGUUGUGAUGUCUAGUACUACACACUUUUCCUACUAUUUGAAUCAUCAGGUUACGACUAUGAUGCUCGUUUGGUACAACACGAUAAGACAUUAUCACAAAUUGCCGACGGCGCAAUGCAGGUCGCUCGAUAAUUCAAGCUUUACAAUACUGAUUAUACUAAACUAAUUGGAGGUCGGUUAAAUAAUCACACACUAACAAUGUUGAUAUAAAAGGAACAGAUAUACUGUUCCCGGGAACGAUUCGAACAGGUCGAAAGUUCGUUCGAUAAUAUCUGAGACGGAUAAGUGUUGAGAGAUUUGUAUAUUUAUAUGGACAGUGCAAACAAGAUUUGGAAUUAUUGUAGACAGUUGAUUGGAUAUAAUACGAGAGAUUACGGGGAAAAAAAAAACGAAACGAAAUAACUAGAAACUGAGUAGGUAUUGGGGUGACCUAUUCCGCGUGAUUUUUAUUUUUGUUUCUAGUUAAAAUAAUACUGAUGUUACGGCAUUUAAUUAACUGUAAUUCAAAUAAGAUUCGUUGAAUCAUCGAGAAAUUAAAUCGUGGAGCAACGAUUUUUAAUCGGCAAUUUAAAAGAGGAGUAAGCAUGGAGAAGUGGGGAAGAAGGUCGUCGAAGUAUCAUCGUUGAGACAGAGUUGGUGGACCCAACGGUCAUAGGUCGAGUUCGAAUGUACGAUCAUCGUACAAGACUUCUCUCGCAGUUGCUCUUCAGAAUCUCACGGCUUAUAUAAUUCUUAGUGCGUCCUAAAAAGUAUCCUGGAGACUCCCGAAGGAUCGUAGUGAACUGUGCUUCUGUAUAUAGGAAGAAUAAAAAUUAUAAUAGUUCCAAUGAGGUGGGCCUAAAGAAACAUGGACUUCUCGGGAUUAUCAUUUUUCACCAAUCUGACGUUCACUGUACUCCUUGGAUUUUUCCUGGUGCCGGGACUACUAUUUUGUUAUCCAGUCGUCAGAUGGUCACGAAGGAGCUGGAUCAGAUUUGUCAAAUGGAGACAUCCCAACUCUAUAGUCGUAGAGGAAAAUAGCGUGAGAAGUAUUCUUGAUCAAGGUAGAAAUCAGGGUAUCUACACACUUAUGCUGCAAGGAAACUCAAUAACGGAAGGCUUACGCAGUCAUCUUCUUCACUUGAGCUCCACAAAGUCACUAUUGAGGGCAGCACUCACGCAAAAAUGGGGCCUUUACGCCUGGGAGACUGUCGACGACUUCUCUGUAGAUAAUCAUUUAUUCAAUUCUCCAUGUUCAUUCAAAGGACGUCCAAUAACCGAAUCAAAUCUUCAGGAAUACGUGAGCGACAUCACUUCGAAAUUCUUGCCGUCAAAUCAGUCGCCCUGGCAGGUCUAUACAGUAAAUUAUUUACUAAACGGGGAAGAGUGUAAACUAUGCCUUGUCAGGGUGCAUCAUAUUCUCCUACGUCAGGAGCAUCUCACCCUGGCCGAUUUUCUGCCGUUGAAGUAUUUUCCGGGUACCUGGGCCUGUCAAGAGAAUACCAACUCGCCUUUUACCAACCUCUACGCGGAACCCUCGGCCUUGCCACGUCUUCAUCAGAAGCUCACCGAGAGCUUCAGCAACUACUGGAAUGAAUUCCUCUGCAAUAAUGACCCAACGGAACGUCCCGAGAUGCUAAAAAUGCAAAUAGGAAUAUUUCAGUGUUUAAAAAUUGGUAUUAUCGUAUGGGUGUCAACCGUGAAAGAAAUCACAAGGUGUUACAAGAAAGUUGAAGGUUUCAAGAUCACGAACUCAAUUUGGAUAUUACAACGUGAAGCCUCGAAACGAAACUUUGGCAUCGGUGUCAUAUUCUGGUCUCUAAUGAAGUCCUUAAAUCCUAUUGAGAUAUUUUGGAACGUGGUGUAUUUCUUUUGGUACCUGGGUAUCACCCUCUCGCUGAAGACUCCUAUACUCAUCUUCAGGGAAUACAGGGCACUCCAAUCGUCUCAAAAACAUCACUAUCCGGAUACCUUGACGUCUCUACUGUCCUGCUACCUACCUCUGAUAUUCCAGGCGACAUUAGAGAUAUUGUCUAUCGCCGGAAUAGCCAUAGCAGCACCUAGAAUUAUCCUGGAUGAGCUCUUCCUGAAACAUGCUCAAUCAAAUAAACUACAAACUACAUCUUUGUGCGGCAGAAAGGUCGUCGCCUGGUCAGACGAAGUAGAUUCUGAGAUCGUGAGGAAAAUUUCCAUUGUCACUGGAGUUAGCGAGGCUGAAAUACUCCUAGCGGCCACUGUUGGUUCCCUCAAGGAGUACUUCCGGCAGUCCGGUCAAGAAACACCCCAGGAUGUCUUCGCCACGGCCAAAUUCGUCAGCCAGCGUGCCCUCUUCGUGCAAAAUCAUGAAGUACGAGGUCUUGUCUGCCUGGCAUUGCCUACUAGAACGCCGCUUUUCGAUGACGACCUCAUAGAGACUCUUCAGGUCAUCCAGAAGAACAUUCAACAUGCCAGGUCGUCGCAGAGCGCUAUUUACGCCAUAACGGCUGCCGAAACUUCAUCCGGUCUGGUGUCUUACUGUCUACCUUCUGUACUCCUAAAAGUACUUCUAAAUCAUCUCACUAGGAGAUAUUCAUUGUCCUUGACACACGUAGACGGCGAUCUUCCUGUGGAAGGUGUUGACUCUGCUGUAUUUUGGAGACCGCCACAAGGAAAUUGCAGUAUGUCGAUAACUUUGCACAGGUAUGGCAAAGGAGUGCGUCUUGGAGUUAUGGCCGAUGCCAUGAUCGGUCCUCAGCACUCUAUUAUCACGAAGACCUUCCCAAGAAGUUUGCAGAGUCUAGCGAAUAUUGUUGGUGUACCAAGAACACCCAGCAGAAGUCCCAGUCCUGACCAAUCGAGUCCCACUACGUCACCAGGAUAUUGACGAACACAAAGAUUGUAUUUUGUAAUAUUUAAUAAUUUUUUAUCUGUAGACAACAUAAAACAAUAUAACGAGCCUAUGAAAGUGCUCUUCAGGUAGUAGUUUAGCGUUUGGUAUAAUUACCGAAGACUAACGGAGAGACAGUUUUUCUAUUGUAUCUGCCUCUUUUGUAUCUUGUGUAAUACAAUAGUUAGGAUUGUUAAAUGGGUUUGUAUAACGCGAGCGUUUGGCUACACUAGUGUCACGAGAAUUGACUAUCUCAUCCGGACCAGAUGUUCCCUAGACCAUCAGACUCGCGACGAAGGCAUAUUUGGUUGUAAAAAUUCCCAAAAAACUUAUUGUACCUUGCGAGAAAAAAUGUUUGAUCGAAAA